AGGUGCCGAGAGGAACAAAAACCAAAGCGGCUCUGGGGGAACCCAGCUGUGGUGUCCGGACAGGAGUUCGAGACCCACCACAACUUUAUGACGUUGUGCUUUGUUUUUCGGUCCCUUUCCUUUCCCAGUCGAGCAACGCCCUCCAAUACCUGGGCCAAAACCUCAUUUCCUCGCAACAGCUGCCGACCCCGCCACCCUGGUAACUCAUCUGAGAAGCUGUGGGGUCACCUGGCCACCACGCUCGCCACUGGGUGCUGCCCUCAAGCCAGGCGCGCUUCCGCCGUCGUCUCAGUUACUCGGCGAGAGACCGAGGAGGAGAGGCCCUGCCCAGACCCAGGCAGCGCGCACCGGACGGGAGGCCUCGGACGCUCUUUCCCGAACCCCGUGCUGUCUGCCCCCACACGCCCCGGGCCGGCGCGCCCAGCCCCUCACCGGGCUCCAGCAGAUGAGCGCGUCCGUGUCCGGGUCGCUCACGAGGGUCCACAGCUUGGUCAGGAAGGCCGGGACGUUGCUGGGCCCCGCCGCGCCCGGGCCCACGGGCAGAUCCAUACCGGGCGAGGCGGGAGAGGAGGAGGUAGCGACCGCAAAGAGAGGCCGAGGGCCGGGCUAGCGCAGCCGCCGAGCCUGCUGCCUGGGCCGCGCUGCCGCCGCCCGCUGCGCACACACGGCCCCGGGGCCUGGCAUGGCCGCCGCCAUCUUGCGACGGGCGCGCUCCCGCCGGCGCCGCCCGCCCGCGUCCCCACGGCGCGCGCGUGCACGCCGGCCCAGCCCAUUGGGGCCCGCCUCUCGCCCUCUGACCCCUUGGGCCCCGCCCCCGGGCCCACGAGGUCUGUUAGCUGCCGGAAGUGGCGGCGCGGGUCUGGGCGGUCCGGGAGCAUGGCUUGCGCGCGGGGCGCGGGGCGCGCGGUGGCGGCGGCGGCGACAGUGGCGCAGCCCGGGAAGCGGCCGCCGGAGCCGGAGCCGGAGCUGGAGGAGCCCUCUCUCCUCGACGCUCCGGCUCCCAGCCACAGGCUUGGCAGUGAUCCUGGCCUCAGCGACAGUGACAGCGAGGAGAGUGUGUUCUCAGGCCUGGAAGAUUCCGGCAGCGACAGCACUGAGGAUGCCACUGCCUCGGAGGAGGAGGGGGAGGGGACCAGCGAGCAGCGCGGCAGGAUGGACAGGAGCCCUGGGCAGCAGCCCAUGGCCGCCCUGUGUCACGAGGCCCUGCCGUGGGUCCUCGCGCAGCCUCCGCAGGGAGUGUCCCCACCCCACAGCUUCAGGAACCAUGUGGCGGUGACGCUCCAGCGGCCACCAGCCCCUCCACCAAGCGGCCCAGCUCUGGAAUGGCAGCCUCGAGCUCCUGUGAUGCUGGCCACAGCCACGGCCCUGGCCAGGACCCCGUGCUCGCGGACGGAGGUGGCAAGCGUGCCAGGCGAGGACGAGUAUGCGGAGGACAGCUCCGAUGAGGAGGACAUCCGGAACACGGUGGGCAAUGUGCCCUUGGAGUGGUACGAUGACUUUCCCCAUGUGGGCUACGACCUGGACGGCCGGCGCAUUUAUAAGCCCCUGCGCACCCGCGACGAGCUGGACCAGUUUCUGGACAAGAUGGACGAUCCUGACUACUGGCGCACGGUGCGGGACCGGAUGACAGGACACAGCGUACAGCUGACGGGCGAGCAGGUGGCCCUGGUGCAGCGGCUGCAGAGGGGCCAGUUCGGGGACGUGAGCUUCGAUCCCUACGAGCCAGCUGUGGACUUCUUCAGUGGGGACCUCAUGAUCCACCCAGUGACCAACCGGCCUGCAGACAAGCGCAGCUUCAUCCCUUCCCUGGUGGAGAAGGAGAAGGUCUCCCGCAUGGUUCAUGCCAUCAAGAUGGGCUGGAUCCAGCCUCGCCGGCCUCGGGACCACAGUCCCAGCUUCUAUGACCUGUGGGCCCAGGAGGACCCCAACGCGGUGCUGGGUCGCCAUAAGAUGCACGUGCCUGCUCCCAAGCUGGCCUUGCCUGGCCACUCGGAGUCCUACAACCCGCCUCCCGAGUACCUGCCCAGCGAGGAGGAGCGCCUGGCCUGGGAGCAGCAGGAGCCUGAGGAGAGGAAGCUCAGCUUCUUGCCGCGCCGGUUCCCGAGCCUGAGGGCCGUGCCUGCUUACGGCCGCUUCAUCCAGGAGCGCUUUGAGCGCUGCCUGGACCUCUACCUGUGCCCACGGCAGCGCAAGAUGAGGGUGAACGUGGACCCUGAAGACCUCAUCCCCAAGCUGCCCCGGCCACGGGACCUGCAGCCUUUCCCCACGUGCCAGGCCCUGGUCUACAGGGGCCACAACAACCUUGUCCGCUGCCUCAGUGUCUCCCCAGAUGGCCAGUGGCUGGCAUCAGGUUCAGAUGAUGGCUCGGUGCGACUCUGGGAGGUGGCCACUGCCCGCUGCAUGAGGACUGUGCCCGUGGGCGGUGCGGUGAAGAGUGUCGCCUGGAACCCUCACCCCACCGUCUGCCUGGUGGCUGUGGCAGUGGAGGACACGGUGCUGCUGCUGAACCCGGCCCUGGGGGAUCGGCUGGUGGUGGGCAGCACGGACCAGCUGCUGAGCGCCUUCACCCCACCCCCGGACCCUGCCUCACAGCCCGCGCACUGGCUGGAAGCCUCCCAGGAGGAGCGCCAGGACGGCCUGCGGCUGCGCAUCCACCAUGGAAAGCCAGUAACGCAGGUGACUUGGCACGGGCGCGGGGACUACCUGGCUGUGGUGCUGGCCACUCCGGGGCACACCCAGGUGCUGAUCCACCAGCUGAGCCGGCGCCGCAGCCAGAGCCCCUUCCGCCGCAGCCAUGGCCAGGUGCAGCGUGUAGCCUUCCACCCCACGCGGCCCUUCCUGCUCGUGGCUUCCCAGCGCUGCGUCCGCCUUUACCACCUGCUGCGCCAGGAGCUCACCAAAAAGCUGAUGCCCAACUGCAAGUGGGUGUCUAGCCUCGCAGUGCACCCGGCAGGUGACAACGUCAUCUGCGGCAGCUAUGACAGCAAGCUCGUUUGGUUUGACAUGGACCUCUCCACCAAGCCAUACAGAGUGCUAAGGCAUCACAAGAAGGCCCUCCGGGCCGUGGCCUUCCACCCCCGGUACCCACUCUUCGCGUCUGGCUCCGACGACGGCAGUGUCAUCGUCUGCCACGGGAUGGUGUACAAUGACCUGCUGCAGAACCCACUGCUGGUGCCCGUGAAGGUGCUCAAGGGGCACGCCCUGACCAGAGAUCUGGGGGUGCUUGACGUGGCCUUCCACCCCACCCAGCCUUGGGUCUUCUCCUCCGGGGCUGAUGGCACUCUCCGCCUCUUCACCUAGACACCCUGCUUCUGGGGCAGGUGGGGGUGGGCAGCACAUGUGCCCUGGACUCUCAAUACAGGAAUUUGCUGGGUAA